GCGUCGGCAACUUCCGCUACAAAAUUGAUUCAAACUUAUGUUAACUGUCUUUCGGAUAAAGUUGUUCUGCUUAAAAAUGGUAUCAACUAUCAAGUUUCUUCAACUCCCCAAGCUUACGAUUAUGCAUCGUUUUUACGUGCUCUUGACUACGAUGGAAUGUAUUGGUCAAUUUCCCAAUGGCUAGAUUCUUGUUGGCUCUAUCGCAUGUUGAAUUAUGAGGAAGAAUUAAAGUCUGAUACAGAAAGUAGAUUAUCAUUAGAUGAUAUUGGUAGUGAAAAUUAUUGUGAAUAUUUUGAUGAGGCUAAAGAGAAAGAGAGAAAAACCAAUAUUAUAGCAAAAGAACUUUGUAAUUUAUUCAUGAGUCGAUGUGCAACAUUUCAUAGUCUCCGCUUAGAAACAAAGGCUAUUCAAAGUAAUUUUCCAUUCCUACCUUCAUGCAACGAUUCCAGUAAUUACUUGUCUAAUCUUCGUCAACUUAUCUGUCUCGCGGAAUAUAAAUCUGAACUUCUUAUUGCAAUAUCACGAAUAUGCAAAGAUUUACAAAGGAUUUGUGCUGGAUUUCCACUCUCCGUUCUAUGGAAAUCCCAUUAUGAAACGGAUGCUCAAAACUUGGUAACUCGUGCUGAAGCUCAAA